AGAAAAGUAUUGUUGCCUUACCAGCACUGGUCACACUGCUGACCGUUUGUUGUUGCUGCCUGUUGUUUUUGCUCGCCAAUUCCCAGCUGUAUAUAACAUUAAACAAUCGCGGUGCUGCAACAAAUUACACAUAAUUUACAUAACACCACGGCAACGGCACGCAACAAUGUGAAAGAAAGUGGGCAGGCAACGAAAAGUGCGUUCGAAUAGCCCGUAUGGCUAAAAAAUCGGGCAACGGCGAAAAAGGGCACUGGCAAGAAGAAGACAACGACAACACCCAGUGUACAAAAUAUACAUAAAUGGAUAAAAUAAAUAGCUAAAAUUAAUCUGUUCCUAUUUAGUGCUUGUUAAUACAUCUAUUUGAGUAUUAAUUAAUUACCCACCGAUCGAAUCGAACGCAGGCGGCGGCGAGGAGGAGGAGCAGAACAAAGGUUCCUGGGCUCUUGGCCAUGUCAUGUGGCGAGAAUUGCGACAGCUGCCGGCAUCGUCAUCACUGCAACCACCACCUCCACCGACGUCGUUAAUCCAGCAACUCGGCGCCUGCAUUAGUCAUAGGAGGAAUGAGGAUGACAGCCGACCCAAGGGAACGGCGCCAGCACAACAACAAGCAAGAAGAACCAAAGCCAAAAGGCAAACUAGAAGCGGAAGCAGCCCAGCCCCUCGGCAUAUAGUUAUUUAAUUAAUUUAAUAAUCCGUAAACGGAGCUGGGGACAAUAUGUUCAAGAUAAGGCAGCGGAACUGUAUGCUGAUUGUGACGGCCCUGGUGCUGGCACCCUGCAUUGUGAUCCUAAUGGUGAUGGCACCCGAGUUAUCCACCGAACAGUCGCUGACACAACGCCUGGCCGAGUGUCAUAUGCGGCUGCAGUACCUGGAGUCCAUGUACCGUGCCCGGCAGGAGGACGUGGCUCUGCUCUCGCAGUAUCUCGGCCAGCUGCAAACCGCAAACACAACGAUAACGGCCAGUGCUCCGCCACCUCCUCCACUGCAGGUGGUGAACGUCCUGGAUGGCCUGAGUCCCGAGGCCAGACAGCUUCUGAGGAACGCCUCUCAUAUAAACAGAGGUGGAGGAGCGAAUGGAUCCCUGACCAGGAACCAGAACAUUCGUCUGCCGAACGCUUAUCAUUUCCUGCCUCAUCUCCUCGACGAUGCGGGAUCCUUGCGCCCCGCCUACUUGCAGAGCAAGGGGCGAACGGAUGUCAGCAUUGUCCUGGGAGUGCCCACGGUGCGGAGGGAGAAGCAAUCGUAUCUCCUUGGCACGCUGCACAAUCUAAUCGAAAACAUGAACGACGAGGAGCAGAACGAAACCCUCAUCAUAGUCUACAUUGGCGAGACGGAUCCGGAAGCUGUCCAGCUGAUAGCCCGGAAAAUCGAGACUAGUUUCGAGCAGCAGGUGGAGAAUGGACUGAUUGAUAUUAUAGCGCCAGCACCCAGUUACUAUCCCAACUUUGAACGGCUCCGCAUCACCCUGAACGAUCCUCUCGAGCGGGUGAAGUGGCGCAGCAAACAGAAUCUCGACUUUGCCUACCUUAUGGCCUAUGCCCACUCCAAGGGCACCUUCUACGUCCAGCUGGAGGAUGAUAUACUCACCAAGAGGCAGUUCAUUACAACCAUGAAGAAAUUCGCCCUGAUCAAGAGCGCCUUGACGAAGCCCGAUCAGCCCGCCUGGUUCGUGUUGGACUUCUGCCAGCUCGGCUUCAUCGGGAAGAUGUUUAAGAGCGCGGAGCUGCCCUACUUGAUCACCUACUUUCAGAUGUUCUACAACGACAAGCCGGUGGACUGGCUGCUCACCUACUUCAUAGAGUCGAAGGUCUGUCGGACGGACAAGGACCAGAAGCACUGCAACCAGGAGAAGGCCAAGUACUGGCAGCACUUCCGGAAGUCUCUAUUCCAGCACAUUGGCACUAGCUCCUCCCUGAAGGGAAAGGUCCAAAAGCUCAAGGACAAGCAGUUCGGCAGCAAGGUGCCCCAGUACUACGCCCACACCCACAAUCCCCCGGCUCUGGUCAAGUCCAACAUAGCUCCGUAUAAGAACUACGUCCUGAAACGAGCCUACCGCGGCGAGUCCUACUUCUGGGGCCUGCUGCCCCAGCCCGGAGAUCUGGUGCAGAUCAUAUUCGAAAGACCGACGCAACUGCGGCGCUAUCUGUUCCGGAGCGGGAACUCGGAGCAUCCGUCGGACAGGUUCUACAAUACGACGGUGGAACUGCUGCCGGCGGACACGCUGAGCGAGAACUCUUCCGUCUGGAGUAACUACAACACCACCACGGAUGGCUAUCUGGUGGUGGGCGCGUUCGACAGCAUGGGCGUGGCCGAGGGCCAGCUGGAUGCUAAGAUCGGUGCCAUCAAGGAGCUGCGCCUGCACGUCCACAGCGACAGCGAGAACUGGGCCCUGCUCAGCGAGAUCGAGCUGCAGGAGUGGGGCAGUGAUCCCAAGUCGGAGGUGAAUGCGGCCAAGCCGAAGUUCGUGGCGGGCAGCUGAUUAUUGCAUCGCCACCGGGAGCGUCAAGAUCUGGAGGACUAGGAAGCGCCUAUCCACUAAUCCAAUUCGUCUAUAUCUCUUAGGGUCAAUGGAUCUUUCUAAUCCCCCUUUCGAAGGGAGAUCCCCAAUUCGAAUCUCCCUUUUCUGUAUUUUUCCAAGAACUUCUAAUAUUUUUCUAAAAACUGCUCUCAAAGUUGAUGAAUCGAUCCAUCCUGGUGUCUGUAAAUCUGUGUGUAUAUUUUUUGAACGAUGCUUUUGCCCUUUAUUAUCUCAAUGUGUAUAUAAUCUCCCGAAAUGUAACUCUCCUCACUCUCCUAGCUGUAAGUAAAGAGUCCUUGAAGAAAGUCCUUGACUUUCAUGUCCCCCAGAACCAAUUUGUUAGGGUUUCUUUAACUUAAGCGUUAAUCAUCUCCUGGACGAUAUGGUUGGCUUGCAGAUCGCUACUAGACUUAUUGAAACCCGAUGCUCUCUCCUGCGAAUGUCCUUUGGGAUUUUAAAAACUGCAAGUGCCCCCUUCCAAGUAGGUCAAGUUGUGUGUUAUGUAACUGAAGUGGCUUUUAUGUACUCCCCCUCCCCCCUUAUGUACUCGAAUAUUGAAUCUUUUGUUUAGUUCUAAGUGUUAUCCUUUUUUUAUUGACAGCCGAACAAAAAACAUUCCAACUCGGUUAUCAUCCAAACUUGCUGAAUAAUCUCACAGUUCUCAAGAAUUUUAGUUUAAUCUUUGUAAUUAUGGUUUAAUAUUUAUGUUAAUUAUACUACAAUUAUUCAGUUAAUCUCUGUAUCAGUUAUAUAAAGCCAACUCGAAAACAAAGCCAUAACUAUACGAAUAUAUAUCCCUGAAGCAUAAUAUAAUGACACGAUUUUUUAGCAUUGUUGCUUAUUUACUGUGAUUUGUUAAUAAUUUUUGCAUAACAAAAUAUUAAAAAAGAAACGAAUUACAAAAAUAUAUAUACAUUAUCGGAGAAAAGAGCAAAAUUCCAAAAACAAAAGUCUUAGUAUAUCGGUUUUUAUAUACGAACUAAAAUAUUAAAAAUUAAAAAUAAUUGGUUUAACUAAUUGGAAACGCCAAAUUUUUUGAUAGACUCUAACUUAAAAUUAAAUAAAAUAAAUAAAUAAAUAUAAAAGACCUUAAAAACUUGGUUCCUGUUGAGUAACGAGAAUUGUAAUAUAUAGUGGCAUAUAAAUAUUUUUAGCUUUGGUUCCUUUUCUUAUUUUAUUUUUCGAUAUAUGCCUCUGUAUAAUGAAUAUUUAACAAAAUUGUAGACUGCUUUCGAGAAAAUGAACAAAUUAAAAAGUGUUUUGCAUAUACUUACUACUGCAUAUAUAUAGUAUAUACAAUAUAUAAUAAAUAUAUAUAUAUUUUUUUAUAUAACCCCAGUGUCAUGUUCGCGAAACAAUAAUUUACAGCACACGCUCUCUCGCCACAGACACUCGUUUUUGCCAAAAGAAAUUAAUAGAAAUAGAAAUAUUAGCAAGCAACAAUAAUAGUUCAUAAAAAGUGCAAUCGAAUGUUGAAGAAACUGACUUGAAUUUUACAUAAUUAUAGCUUAUUAUCCCAUCCUAUCCAUCUGAUCCCUGCCUCCCAGCCUCGACACAAGGAUACGAAUUAUUUUUACAAUUAUUCUUAAGGCGUUGGGACAACUUAAAGCUUAAUCGAAAUCAAACUUGAACAAGUAUUGCGUGUAUUGUGUGUAUAAGUUUAAUAAAUAAUUCAAAUAUUUGAAAAAGAAAAA